AUGACGCAGCCGGUGCGGCGCCGUGCGGUGUGCGCCCUGGCGCUCCUCGCGCUGCUCUGCGGCUGCUGCUGCGCCUCCGUCAGCGGGGCGACGAAGGCGCCGGCUGUGGGUGCGCUGGCAAAUGUGUCGGUGCAGGUUGCGUGCGCGAACGAUAACAACAAGUUGCGUUGGCGCUUCCCCGGCGAGACUGCGUGGAAGGAGUGUGCCGCCGCAGUGGAAGCGCAUGGCUACGUCGUUGACGGUGCGGGCACAGAGGUGUUCGAAGUGGUUCACGUGGACGUGACUCUGGUUGGAGGCGACGACGGUGUCAGUGAGUCUCUCUGCCUCUCCGCCGAAUCGCAGUACGCGGCGGCGAACUGCAGCGUGAGCUGCAACGAGGCCAACGCCCAGGGAGCAGGGGGAGCCUGCCGUUGCGUUCACGAUGGAAUUUCUGAUGCAAGAGAAUAG